AUGCACUCCACCGUCCUACCUUCCUUGCCCACACUCUCCCACAUGGCCUCCUUGAUCGCUAUGCCCACACCGUCUACGCCCUUCUUGUCCUUGGUGCCAGUACGGGCGCCGCUCCAGAUGACCACGUACCCGUCGUGUGCAAUUGAACUUUGCCCCUCUCGUCGGGUCUCCUGAAGUCCUAUCACAUCACAGCCGGUCGCGGAACAAAUCUGCAUGACCGUCAUCACGUUGUGACCGAUGGGGUUCCUACCGCUGUAGGCGAGCGUGCGUACGUUGAACGUGCCGAACGAUAGGUCGCCCUCUCGUGCCUUCUUCUUCGCAGCUGCCUUGACGGCCGCUGCGGUCUCGUGUCUCUCUCGGUCCACCUCGCGUUGCGGGUGUGCUUUCUUCCGUCUUUUCCGAGCGGCGAGUUUCCUCGCAUCAAUCCAUCUCUGCAGAGCUCGGUUCUUGCCUGUGGUGUUUUGACGAGGAGGGUGCAGCACUCCCUCCCCGCGGUGCCCGCGGUCGUCUCCCUUCUCCCGCGAGCGGUGCUUACUGACGUGGUGUUUACGAAUCUCUCUACUCCUCCAGCUUCGUGGGCCACGCUUUCCGCGACGGUGGUUGCCAGGUGCAGUUUGCCGCUUGCAUUACUGCCGCGGGAACAGUGUCCAUACACACCUCUCGCCACUACCACCGUCUGUGCAUCCUCACCGCCACGCUGAGCCAGCGCGGCGGUGAGUUGCACCUUGGGGCACCACCCGCCUACUAUCUGUUGUGUCCUGGUUCGCCCGCGAGGGACUCACUAGGUCGAUUUCGGCCCCGGCCGGGGAGCAGGCCGAGG